CAACGCACGCCGUUGCUGCGCCGGCGCAUUAGACGCCCCUCUCAGAGCGCGCGCUGUGCCUCAACUGGGGUGAUGAUGUAAUACUUUGGAGCGCACAGCCCGCUGUAUGUACAUCCGGGUCCUCGGCCGUGUCGCUGUUAGCUCUCGAGGCUCGGAACGACUCGGGGAGGCACCGCGGGAGAGCCUUAACAAAUACUCCAGCUUCAGUAAAUGUACAUUGUAGAUAUUUAAAAACGCCGACAGGUCGUGAAGCGUGUCCCCGUGAUGCGCUGUGUACUCGUCCGAAGCGGAGGGUCGUUCUCUUCAUCGAUGUGAAAGCGCCGAACGCCGUUCUUCUUCUUCUUCCCGGUACCACCACCAGUGCUCCGUCUCCAGCUGUCGCCUCUCGGGUCGUUUUGUUCCCGCAGCUGUUCUUCUUGUUCCUGCUCGCGCCCGAGCUCGUGCCGCGGCCAGACUGUGCCGUGUUUAUGACCUUCCUGUACAGCGAAGCUCACUGCGGACUGUGACCAGAGGAAGACCAGAAUGGGGGCAUUUUUGGACAAGCCAAAGAUGGAGAAGCACAAUGCGCAUGGAGAGGGGAAUGGCCUGCGUUACGGCCUCAGCAGCAUGCAAGGCUGGCGGGUGGAGAUGGAGGAUGCGCACACGGCAGUUGUUGGCCUCCCUCACGGUCUGGACACUUGGUCCUUCUUCGCCGUCUAUGAUGGGCAUGCGGGUUCACAGGUGGCGAAAUACUGCUGUGAGCACUUGUUGGAGCACAUCACUAGCAACCCUGACUUCCGAGGGGGAAACCAAGAGCCUUCAGUGGACAGUGUGAAGAGUGGUAUCCGCACAGGCUUCCUGCAGAUCGACGAGCACAUGCGGGCCAUGUCGGAGAAGAAGCACGGUGCAGAUCGCAGUGGCUCCACUGCUGUGGGGGUAAUGGUUUCACCCCGGCACAUCUACUUUAUCAACUGCGGUGACUCACGGGGUUUGCUUAGUCGCAGCGGCAAGGUGCAUUUCUUCACACAAGAUCACAAGCCUAGCAACCCACUAGAGAAGGAGCGCAUCCAAAAUGCAGGAGGUUCUGUUAUGAUCCAACGUGUCAAUGGUUCCCUGGCAGUCUCCCGUGCCCUGGGAGACUUCGACUACAAGUGUGUGCACGGGAAGGGCCCCACAGAGCAGCUGGUAUCACCUGAGCCUGAGGUGUUUGAGAUCGAGAGGUCGGAGCCAAAUGAUGAGUUCAUUGUCCUGGCCUGUGAUGGCAUCUGGGAUGUCAUGGCCAAUGAGGAGCUCUGUGACUUUGUCAGAUCCAGGCUAGAGGUGACAGACGAUCUGGAGAAAGUCUGCAACGAGAUUGUUGACACCUGUUUGUACAAGGGGAGUCGGGACAACAUGAGCGUGGUGCUGGUCUGCUUCCCCGGUGCGCCUAAGGUCUCCCCGGAAGCCGUGAAGAAGGAGGCGGAGCUGGAUAAGUACUUGGAGAGCAGAGUAGAAGAGAUCAUUAAGAAGCAGGGGGAGGAGGGCGUGCCGGACUUAGUCCACGUGAUGCGCACGUUAACAACGGAGAGCAUCCCCAACCUCCCGCCGGGGGGAGAACUGGCCAGCAAACGGAGCGUUAUUGAAGCUGUGUACAACAAGCUCAACCCAUACCGGAGCGAAGACACGGUAAGUAUGGCCUCAUGUGGGGCUGUUCAGAACCGCUUGUGUGUGCCCCUGUGAAUGGGAAGACCAUGUGGUGAUGUCACAUUUCACUUCCUUGGAGAGUUGACUAACAAACUGGUAUUAACCUGGACAGUUCGAUGUGUGAAAUGCCUGCUUUUUUUUUUUCCCCCCAAUUCAUAAAAAUGUACAUUCUUGCUGUCUCUAGUUAAAUAUGCGUACACUGACGUUGACUAAAUUCUGGGUGUCACGUUCAGUGGUUUCCAAUUUGUGGUCAAAUUUGUAUGGUGUCAUUGUUACAUCAGUACUCUCAUUAAUUUUAAAUUCUACUCCCGUUUGUUAGACCAGGAAAUAGUUGAUAUGUUUCUACAUUUUUGCUCAAACUCCUACAUGAGCCUGAUGCAGCACAUGUGCUACUGAAAAUUCAUACCCAGCCAAGACCCAGCAGCCACUCUGGGUCCAUUGGACCCUCCCAGGGCUCUGUUUGAAACUCUGCAGAUAAGGCUGGGUGAGGUCCCUCCCAUCCAGCUUCCAUUCAUGCAAAGCAUGAGGCUGACUAGUAAUUGCAUCUCCACGAGGCAGAGAUGUUAAGUUGUAAUAUACUUGAACUGUUUAGCCUUUUUAAAGAUAAGGCUGUAGAAUAUUGUCUUCCAGUUGUAUAAUCUUGUCAUGGAUACUCUCGGUCAGAAAAAGCCGAAUUAAUCACAGUUCAUUUAUUUGUCUUUGUCGUCAUCAUCUGUGUUUGUGCGUGAGUGUAAUGUAGAUAAAUGGUAUAACGCACUCUCCUAACAGGUCAUUUAUAUCAUUAGUGUCUUGCAAAAGCCAGAGUGAAUUAUGAACAGCAUCCUACAGAUGAGCUGUCUAAGACCUGUGGUGCUCAGUGUCUCGUGUUGCGGGAUGAAGAGCAUGUGGUAGGUUGACCUGGCUGGCUGUGAUCGGACGGAGGUGGAGUGUGACGUGAUUUGAUAGUUGACUCAGAGGUAGUUUUGCACCACCUGUUGCCACAAACUGCUAAGGACUUUGUCACCGAGCACUUUUGAAAGAUGUCUAACUAAAUUCUUUUAAUCUGAGCCUAUGUAAAACGUUAUUCAAGUGAUAAAUAAAACUUACUUUUCAGCAGGUAAAUUAUUAGCGAAGAGCCUAGCUAUCAUUUCAAAAACACGAGUAUUACUUGAGGGAACGUUCUGUAAAGAGUGAGUUUGUCACUGCGUGGAGGCUGUGUCACCUGGGAAACUCCUGCCUUGGUCCUGCAUGAUUUUGGACACUCCUGCAAUGUGCAGCAUCCAGCUCCACUUUCCCAGCUGCUGCUGGUCACCCACUCUCUCUCCCCAUUCUAGUCUGGGGCGUCCAGUGACAGCUGUGGACCCUCCCGACUCUAAAGGGCCUCUCCUUCCUUCUCUUUGCCAAGGACUCCGCUUCGGCCGACGACAUGUGGUAGCUCAGCCUGGCGCAACACGGGGUUUACUAACAGGCGCACCCAGCAAGACCCCGGCUCGGCAGCCCCCCCUCUGUCUGCCGUCAGUCCCUCAGAGGCUCUGUUUGAAAGGAGGGAGUAAAGGCUGGGUGGGAGGUGCUCUCAUCUCUACCCCCCCC